AUGGACACCUUCGAAGUCUCUUCUAGAGAUAGUGUGGCUGACCACCACGAAAUCAAUUUGCCGCCCGUGGAUCGCGGGAGAAGAGCGUGGCUGUUCUUGGCGGCUUGUUUCGUUAUUGAGGCUUUGAUUUGGGGUUUCACUUUUUCGUUUGGUAUCUUCCAGGAUUAUUAUAGCACUCAUGAGCCGUUCAAGAGCUCUGGUGAUACCGCUGUGGUUGGCACUUGCGCAAUGGGUAUUUCCUAUAUGUUGCUUCCGUUCGCUUUCGUUCUACUACAAGCCGUUCCUCGCCUGAAGCUAUGGGCGGCGCCCAUCGGUUUUGUCAUCAUGUGUCUAGCGCUCUCGCUGAGCUCCUUUGCAACCACCACCGCUCACUUGAUUGUCUCGCAAGGUGUCGCUUAUGGCAUUGGAGCUAGUCUGGCCUAUGCCCCCACGAUUAUUUUCAUGGACGAUUGGUUCGUGCAGAGGAAGGGACUCGCUUUCGGUAUUAUGUGGGCCGGCACUGGAUUAUCCGGCGUUAUUCUCCCCAUCGUCCUUCAAUGGAUGCUCAACGCAUUCGGACCACAGACCACACUACGUGCUUGGUCAGUCGUGCUAAUCCUCCUGGGCGGCCCACUACUCUACUUCCUUCGUCCUCGUCUCCCUAUUUCCCGGACCUCACGAUCCCGACCCUUCGACUUCAAGUUCCUCUGGGACACUACUUUCCUCAUCUACGAGACGGGCAAUAUCCUAGAGGCGAUGGGCUACUUCCUCCCUACUAUUUAUCUCCCUUCUUACGCCCGCAGCUUGGGCGCUAGUAACAUCGAGUCCUCGCUAACAGUCAUGCUCUUCAACCUCGCUUCUGUCUUCGGAUGCGUCAUCAUGGGCUCGUUGGUCGAUCGUUACCACGCUACUACCUGCAUCCUCGCUUCGACCGUUGGGAGCACCAUUGCAGUCUUUUUGAUCUGGGGUUUUGCUGAUUCUCUAGCCCCGCUGUAUAUCUUCUGCAUCUUUUAUGGUCUUUUUGCUGGGUCUUUUACCUCGACUUGGCCCGCCGUUGUCAAUGAGGUUAAGAAGAAUAGCGCAUACACUGAGUCCAGUAUUGUGUUUGGUUUUUUGUCUACCGGUCGGGGUAUCGGGAAUAUCGUCAGUGGCCCGUUGAGUGAGGCUUUGCUUAAGCGUUCUGCUUGGAAGGGUGUUGCGGCUAAGGCGUAUGGCUCGGGCUUUGGACCUCUUAUUGUUUUUACGGGGGUUUCUGCGCUUUUGGGAGGGUUUGGUAUUGCUGCCAGGUCUUCGAAGCUGUUGCGGUCGGAGUAA